AGAAACCAAACGAAUUUAGAGAGACACCUGAAACUUGAUUCAAAGUUUUCCAACGCAAACUUCUGACGCCUUCAUAUUUUUAUUUCAUUAACUGUGCCUUCAAUAUUGUGUUUGCCCCUCUCUCAAUACUCGUCCGAGCGAGAAAGGAAACCCUUGAUCUGAAAGGCAAUGGCUCGGCCUUCCAAGCCCCAAGAGUCUUCCGACGAACCGAUGUCGAGCGGUUCGAGUUCGGAGGAGGAGGAGCAGGUGAACGAUCAGAUCAACGAUGAGGAGGACGAAGAGGAGCUGCAAGCGGUGGCUCGCUCCGCCAGCUCUAAUGACGAAGAUGCUGCUGAUGACAAUUUGGUCGAUUCCGAUGGAGAUGCACCCAGUGGAGAUGGUGACGAGGAGGAACAGGUCGAAGGUGUUGUCGAUCCUGAAAUUGCUAGGCGGGAAAAGGCCAGAUUGAAUGAAAUGCAGAAGCUGAAGAAACAAAAGAUUCAGGAGAUGCUGGAUGCGCAAAAUGCUGCCAUUGAUGCUGAUAUGAACAACAAGGGGAAAGGUCGCUUGAAGUAUCUUCUACAGCAAACUGAACUGUUUGCUCAUUUUGCAAAAGGUGAUCAAUCAUCUCAAAAGAAGUCCAAGGGAAGGGGUCGGCAUGCAUCAAAAGUGACUGAAGAAGAGGAAGAUGAAGAGUAUCUUAAAGAAGAAGAAGAUGGAUUAGCAGGAAAUACACGAUUGGUGAUGCAACCAUCAUGUAUUCAAGGAAAGCUGAGGGAUUACCAACUUGCUGGUCUAAACUGGCUUAUACGAUUGUAUGAGAAUGGUAUAAAUGGAAUUCUGGCAGAUGAGAUGGGGCUUGGUAAAACACUACAAACUAUCUCCUUGUUGGGCUAUUUGCAUGAAUUUAGAGGAAUAACUGGUCCUCACAUGGUUGUUGCUCCAAAAUCUACACUUGGAAAUUGGAUGAAUGAGAUUCGGCGCUUUUGUCCUGUCUUGCGAGCAGUAAAGUUCCUUGGCAAUCCGGAUGAAAGGAGACAUAUCAGAGAGGAAUUAUUAGUUGUUGGGAAGUUUGAUGUGUGUGUUACCAGUUUUGAAAUGGCCAUCAAGGAGAAGUCUGCUUUGCGUCGUUUUAGUUGGCGCUACAUAAUUAUAGAUGAAGCCCAUCGAAUCAAGAAUGAGAAUUCCCUCCUGUCCAAGACAAUGAGGCUCUAUAAUACAAAUUAUCGCCUCCUUAUCACUGGUACACCACUCCAGAAUAAUCUUCAUGAACUCUGGUCUCUCCUCAAUUUUCUUCUUCCAGAAAUAUUUAGUUCUUCUGAAACUUUUGAUGAGUGGUUUCAAAUCUCUGGUGAAAAUGACCAGCAGGAAGUUGUUCAGCAACUGCACAAGGUCCUACGGCCAUUUCUCCUUCGAAGGUUGAAGUCAGACGUUGAAAAAGGUUUGCCACCCAAAAAGGAAACCAUUCUUAAAGUAGGCAUGUCACAAAUGCAGAAGCAGUACUAUAGGGCUUUACUGCAGAAAGAUCUUGAGGUUGUUAAUGCUGGUGGAGAACGGAAACGUCUCCUGAAUAUAGCCAUGCAACUGCGUAAAUGUUGUAAUCAUCCGUAUCUUUUUCAAGGUGCUGAACCUGGUCCACCCUAUACGACAGGGGAGCAUCUUAUUAAUAGUGCUGGUAAAAUGGUUCUUCUGGAUAAAUUGCUUCCUAAAUUAAAAGAGCGUGAUUCUAGGGUCCUUAUAUUUUCGCAGAUGACUAGACUGCUGGACAUACUUGAAGAUUAUCUGAUGUUUCGUGGAUAUCAAUAUUGUCGUAUUGAUGGUAAUACUGGUGGAGAAGAUCGUGAUGCUUCCAUUGACAUUUUCAACAAACCAGGAAGUGAGAAAUUUGUCUUCUUGUUAUCAACGCGGGCUGGAGGUCUUGGCAUUAAUCUUGCAACUGCUGAUGUUGUUAUCCUUUAUGAUAGUGAUUGGAACCCACAAGUUGACUUGCAGGCUCAGGACCGUGCUCAUAGGAUUGGCCAAAAGAAAGAAGUUCAAGUUUUCCGAUUCUGCACUGAGUACACGAUUGAGGAGAAGGUCAUUGAAAGGGCUUACAAAAAACUAGCCCUUGAUGCUCUCGUGAUUCAGCAAGGGCGAUUGGCAGAGCAGAAGACUGUAAAUAAAGACGAGUUACUUCAGAUGGUCAGAUUUGGUGCUGAGAUGGUUUUCAGUUCUAAGGACAGUACAAUUACCGAUGAGGAUAUUGACAGGAUUAUUGCUAAGGGAGAGGAAGCAACAGCUGAACUUGAUGCCAAGAUGAAGAAAUUUACUGAAGAUGCUAUAAAAUUUAAGAUGGAUGACACUGCUGAGUUGUAUGAUUUUGAUGAUGAAAAGGAUGAGAAUAAAGUUGACUUCAAAAAAAUUGUUAGUGAUAACUGGAUUGAGCCACCAAAGAGAGAGCGGAAACGCAACUACUCGGAGUCAGAAUAUUUUAAGCAAACAAUGCGGCAAGGUGGCCCUACUAAGCCAAAAGAGCCCCGUAUUCCUAGGAUGCCUCAGCUGCAUGAUUUCCAGUUCUUCAACACACAAAGGCUGAGCGAGCUGUAUGAAAAGGAAGUACGCUAUCUCAUGCAAACACACCAGAAGAAUCAGAUAAAAGACUCCAUAGAUGUUGACGAACCAGAAGAGGUGGGAGAUCCCUUAACUGCUGAGGAGUUGGAAGAAAAGGAGCGUUUACUAGAGGAGGGAUUUUCUUCAUGGAGCCGAAGGGAUUUCAAUACUUUCAUUAGAGCCUGUGAAAAGUAUGGCCGGAAUGAUAUAAAGAGUAUUGCUUCUGAGAUGGAAGGAAAAUCUGAGGAGGAAGUUGAACGAUACGCAAAGGUUUUCAAAGAAAGAUAUAAGGAGCUAAAUGAUUAUGAUAGAAUUAUCAAAAACAUUGAAAGAGGGGAGGCUAGAAUUUCUAGAAAAGAUGAGAUUAUGAAAGCUAUUGGGAAGAAGUUGGAUCGAUACAAGAAUCCAUGGCUAGAGUUGAAGAUCCAGUAUGGGCAAAACAAAGGGAAGUUAUACAAUGAAGAAUGUGAUAGAUUCAUGAUAUGCAUGGUUCACAAGCUUGGCUAUGGGAAUUGGGAUGAGUUGAAGGCAGCAUUUCGAACAUCACCUUUAUUUCGAUUUGAUUGGUUUGUUAAGUCUCGCACAACACAGGAACUUGCUAGGAGAUGUGACACCCUCAUUAGGUUGGUGGAGAAGGAAAACCAAGAAUACGAUGAGAGAGAGAGACAAGCUCGUAAAGAGAAGAAACUUGCUAAGAGCAUGACGCCAUCAAAACGGGGCUCUGCUAGACAGACUGACGGUCCAUCAUCACUAAAGAAGCGCAGACAGUCGACUAUGGAUGACUAUGUUAGCACGGGAAAAAGGAGAAAAUAAAUGUAAAUAUGCGGCACUUAGUUACCUUGACUAAGGACAGGGUGGAUUGUUUCUAAAGACUUGAUUACUUAAACUGUGACCGUGAUCAGGUUUGCCUUCUUAAGUCUGGUGAUAGAAAACUUUUCUUUCUUUCUUCCCCCCCCCCCCACCCCCAAUUUAGGUCCCACAUGUGAGAGGUGGAAAGGUUAGUUAGGAAAAAUUAAGGGGAGAUCCAGGUGUUGGAAGGGUAAUCAAGAAUAUAACACGUACUCAUUACCAUUAGAUGGCAUAUUGAUUUGUAUUUUAGCAAUCGUUGAAAAAGAAUUUGCUUACGCGUGUAAUAUUUGUUUAACCCUGUCCUGAAAUAGGAAAUCAACUUAACCACA